GAAAGCUGUGGACGUUUACAAGAAACCAAUGGGAAAAUGUUUCUUCCAUGGAGACCAUGGCUAUGACAACAAGAUAAACAGCAUGCAGACUGUCUUUAUAGGUUAUGGCCCUACAUUCAAAUACAAGACCAAAGUACCUCCUUUUGAAAAUAUUGAACUUUAUAACGUCAUGUGUGAUCUGCUUGGAUUGAAGCCUGCUCCCAAUAAUGGCACCCAUGGAAGUUUAAAUCACUUACUGAGAGCCAAUGUUUAUAAACCAACUGUCCCAGAUGAAGUUGCUAAACCACUCUAUCCUGUUGCUCUGCCUUCUGCAUCAGAUUCCGAUAUAGGAUGUACAUGUGAUGAUAAGAACAAGUUGGAUGAACUCAACAAGCGCUUUCAUGUCAAGGGAACAGAAGAGAAGCAUCUUCUAUAUGGGCGCCCUGCAGUACUGUACCGCACAAAAUACAGUAUCUUGCAUCACCAUGACUUUGAAAGCGGCUACAGUGAAACAUUCCUGAUGCCUCUCUGGACGUCCUACACUAUUUCCAAACAGGCAGAGGUAUCGGGUGUCCCGGAGCACCUGGCCAGCUGUGUGAGGCCUGACCUCCGCAUUUCUCCAGGAAACAGCCAGAGCUGUGCAGCCUACAGAGGUGACAAACAGCUCUCCUACGGCUUCCUUUUUCCUCCUCAAUUAAGUUCCUCUGCAGAAGCAAAAUAUGAUGCUUUUCUAAUAACAAAUAUAAUUCCAAUGUACCCUGCUUUCAAAAAGGUAUGGAAUUAUUUCCAAAGGGUUUUGGUGAAGAGAUACGCCACUGAACGAAACGGAGUCAAUGUUAUAACUGGACCGAUCUUUGACUAUGACUAUGAUGGUUUACAUGACACGCCUGACAAAAUAAAACAGUUUGUGGAAGGCAGCGCCAUUCCCGUUCCUACUCAUUACUAUACCAUCAUAACCAGCUGCUUAGAUUUCACUCAGCCAGCCGACAAGUGUGACGGACCACUCUCCGUUCUCUCGUACAUCCUUCCUCACCGGCCUGACAAUGACGAGAGCUGCAAUAGCUUUGAGGAUGAAUCAAAAUGGGUUGAAGAUCUUCUUAAGAUGCACACCGCACGUGUGCGUGACAUCGAACAGCUCACAAGCUUGGACUUCUUCCGAAAGACCAGUCGCAGCUACACAGAGAUCCUCUCCCUAAAGACAUACCUGCAUACGUUUGAAAGUGAAAUUUAGCUUUCUAACCUUACUCAGUGCAUCCUUUUAUCAACUGGUGUAUAUUUUUAUAUUGUUUUUAUAUUUAUUAAUUUGAAACCAGGACAUUAAAAAUAUUAGUAUUUUAAUCCUGUAUCAAAUCUUAAAUAUUAAACCCUUGUGUCAUUUGUUUUGUUUCUCUAAUGUUUAAUAUAGGUAUGUCUCUUGGUUUGUUUAGUAGAGCUUGUAAUACUGCAGCUUGAGUCCUUACUCUGAGCUUUUAUGUGGUGCUGCAAGAUUUGAUACGUGCAUCAAGGAAAUACUAAUUUCCCAUGCUCCUUUACCACACUUGUAGUCCUGUACUGUGUAUCAAAAUACUGAACAUGUAAAAUUACAUUCAUUUACUGUUAACUAUGUGACAGACAUAUUUAAACCCUAUAGACAAAUAGCAUCUUAAAUAUAAUAAACCACACAUUCAGUUUU